UAACUGAUCAGCUGAUUUCUGUUUACAUAAGUUUACUUUUGUGUUGUGGUUACAUUUGUGUUUGAAUUUAAAUUUCUUUCAAAUUUCUUUUGUCGAGGGUUUUCGGAAUAAUGGAGCAAUAUAAUGUUAUACAGACAAAAGCAAAGCGGGUGCGUUCCAACCCAACCAGAAAGUGGCUGUUUGAAGAAGAAAAGGCGUUAAUUGAAUUUUUGACACAAAACAGGGAUUUUGAGAAACCAACGUCUCAAUUGUAUUAUAGACGAUUUUCAAACGAGAGCAACAUUGCGGUGGACUGGAAGCUGACACGCUCGAAGGUUCGUUAUAUGCGUACAACAUAUAACAAAGCAAAAGCAUGGGAAGGUUCGACAGGUGCAGGGAGUAUGGAAGGCGAAACUAUGAAGGCCACUUUACUUAAAAUGUGUACGUUUUUUUAUGAAAUGGAAGAAAUUUUCGGCAGUAGAGUGGUUGAGUCAGCAGUGAUAAACGAAAGUUUGGAAAACAACGAAAACUAUUCGGAAGUAGACCUCAACGAGUCAGCGUCUUCUGCGGCUGUAUGCGAAGGCGAAGGCAUAGAUAAGACAAUUCGUAAAGGAAUAUAUUCCAGAACUGCGGCAUCAGAUAUUCUGCAAUUUCAGUCUGAAAUGAUACAGCUGAAAAAGCAGAAAAUGGAGCAAGAAUUGAGUUUUAAGGAGAAAGAGUUGGAAUUAAGAGAAAGAGAAUUGAGGAUUAAAGAAAAAGAAGUAGAGUUAAGGGAAAAGCAAGAAUUAUUACUAAAAGACAAAGAAAUGGAGAUGAAACUAAAAGAAUUGGAAAGUAAUGAAAAAAUAAAAAUAAUGGAAAUUGUUAAAUUAAACGCGUUGGGUUCGGUUAUAAAAUAG